AUGAGCCAAGAAAGCCUUCCAAAUGGUCUCCCGAAAGUGCAUCGAUUCAUCACCGACCAUAACGCUUCUGGCCAGGCCGUGUUCUCAACACAAAUCCAGGAAGAAGAGCCAUGGCAGGAUAUCGAGGGCAUAGCCAAUUUCGCCCUUGCAUAUACGACGGACAAGUAUCCUGUGACCUUCAACUCCAAUCGAGACAUUGACUCAUAUAAGUCCUUCCUUAACAACAAGCCAGGCCUAGUCAUCAAUGGUGGCACAGUGCUUCGCAUGGUGGAUGUGCCACCUGCAUCACUCUCACCAAUGCAUAGAACUGUGAGCCUGGAUUAUGGUGUUGUGCUUGAGGGCGAAAUCUGUCUCGAGCUUGAUUCAGGCGAGAAGAGGCUGAUGAAGAGAGGGGAUAUCAGUAUCCAGCGAGGCACGAAUCAUGCAUGGAGAAACAUGAGUGACACCCAGUGGGCAAGGAUGCUGUAUGUGCUGCAGGAAGCCGCGCCUAUCGAGAUAGAGGGCAAGAAGCUGGGUGAAGACUAUGAUGGUCAACACGUAGAUGACACUCUCAUUCAUGACUGA